AUCUAUCGAUUAUGUCGACUAACAAAUUCGUCCACCGUCACAUAGUCGACCACACGAUGUCGACCGCUACCGAGCGCGACGACUAAGACAAUAAAGAAACCUAAGAAUAACCUAAGGAACCUGAAAAACAAAGAAGAGCUGGCAAAACGCUAGUUCGGCUUCGUGACGGGUCGACACCGUGUCCACAUUGACUUGGUGACACUGGACGAAUUUCUGUCGACGAAAAUGAUGGAUCACCGCACAAUUUAUAUUGCCAGUGCCGAUGCACGAUGAGCCACAACGUGCGGAUUCCCGCAGGACGCACCGGAGCAACGGGGUGACGCUGACGGAGCAGCUGGGACAGAUCGUGGCCGAGGUGGCCCGGGACGCCGGGAUCGUGCUGUGGGACACCGUGUACCACGACUCCAAAGAGCACAUCCAUCUGUACGAUGACAGUCUGCAUCCCGGCAUGGCCCUGCGACGCAAGGCGGCGUGCCAGCUGUUAUUCGCCCUGGACACGCGGCAUUGCCAGUGUUCGGCUUUGACACCGAUGAACCAUGGUUCUAAUAACGCUAGCAUGCGGAGCGUUUUCGGUUCUCCAUUGCCAUUGAUAAAGCAGGAAUAAUAGGGAAUGUCGCUGCAUAUGUGGGCGUGACCGGCGCUUCACACAGCGGCGCCCAGAAGGAGCGCGGCGGCGGCAACCGAAGCGCUGCGUUCUGGUUGCUACGGACGCAAAGAAAUCCCGGAUUUUAUUGGCUGUGAAGGA